AUGAUAAACAUUUUUUUAAUUGUUUUAUUAUGUUGUACCAGUGAAGAAAACACUAGAACUCGUUAUCAUCCACUAAAUAAUCAUGUAAAUGUAGAAGGUGGUAAUGUGAAUACUACAGCCAAUUCAUUUUUAAUUUUACAUAAUAAAAUCAAUGAAUUUAAAAUUUAUAUUGAAUGUGCAGUAUAUAGAUCAAAUUUGUAUAAAUUCCUUAAAAGUGAGAAAAAAAUCAUAAUACAUGCAAUUUCAAUCAUUAAAAAUGAAGAGAACAAAACUGGUUCAAUAUUUUAUGAUAAAAAUCAAGAAUAUGUUUUAAAACAAUUGUUUUUUUGUGGUAUAAGGUUUAAAAAAUUAAAAGAGUACAAUAAGUUUUUAAAUUACAUGUUUACUUUUUUUAGAAUUGUUUUUAGAUUAAAAAAUUCUUAUUAUUUGAGUUUUUUUAUUGGUUAUGAUAGAAAAAAUAUUGUGAGAGAUGAAAUGUUAAAACAUUUGAAUCAAGUGUAUGAAAUUUGUCUUAGGCGUAAUUUUAUUGUUAAUUUAAAUUUAAUUAACACGAGAAAUAGAAAUUUAAAUUCAUAUGAAUUACGAAAAAAUAUUGUUAAAUUUCAACAAGAGCUUAUUAAUUUUAUUAAUAUAAAAUUAUAUGAACAAUUUGUUUAUUUUAAUCUAUAUCGAAAUGAAUGUAUUUAUGAAGGUUUAAAACACUUUAACUUUAAUGUUAUGUAUUUUAUUAAUUCAUUUUGA